AUGGUUAAAGAAAAUCCAGUCAAUUCAAUUAUAAACGAUGGCAAAUCACUUAAGGAAGUUUAUACUAUACCGAAAAGUAUUUUGUGUAGUGAAUAUAAUGUUCCUGCCGACAUUGAAAUGCAAAUGUUUGGCGAUGACCAACGAAGCGGCUCAUUAGCAACGGAAAGUAAUACGUAAUCCAGAAGGUGUUUGGAUUCCGGAUCCCACUGCUUGGAUUCCGGAUCCUACUCCUUGGAUUCCGGAUUCCUCAGCUUGGAUUCCGGAUUCCGGAACUGUAGUGGAUUCCGGAUUCCAAUUUAUUAUUUUGUGUAUUGCGAAGCCAAUAAAUACACUUUCAGUUCCCAGUGCAUCUGUUACUGUAUAUAUUAUCAAAGAAGUUUUGAUAAUAAAAGAAAUAGCUUCAAUUAAGUACAUCAAAAUUAUAUUGAUAUUCUGUAGUGUAAUCAACAUUGUUUAUGUUUCGCGGCAAGGCCCUCUUCAGAAACCUUUCUAAAAAGUUAAUUGCGGUGUCUUGAAGUUGGAAGGGUUGAUGCAAGCCAUCCAUUGUACAUCUGUUUCACAGAACUUGGUGAAGCAGCAAAGGUUGUGAUAUCUACCCACAGCAAACAUGAGGAAGAUUCAUCAAAUUCGGAUAAAGAAUCUGAUACUUCUUUACGACUUGAUGAAAAGACAUCAAAAGCCGGAACAAGCACGGAAAUGUACUUAGAUCUUGAAAAGCUUGACGAAGCUGCAGCAAUGCUUGCCUUUUUAACAUCCUCUGGAAUUCUUUCAAAGGAUCAUGUUUUUUAUCAACAAAUUUAUUCAUUCUGUAUUAAUGCCAUGGGAUUUGUAGAUGAACAAUUGCUUCCGAAAAUGCCGCACCCUGCGUUAUUCCCAUUUCAACAUGCAAUACAAUUUAACUACAAGCCUGUUGCGUCAUAUCUUCUUUCUGGUCGAGGAAAACAUGGGCAUCGUAG